GAGACUCUCACUCUCCCUCUGCUCUAAAACCUUUGCGUUCAUCUAAUUCUGUUUAGAAAUGGCGACAAUCUCAUCACUUUUCUCAUCACCCAAUCUCCUUCACCACCCCACAAAACCCAUCAAAGCCUCACCGAAGCUGACCCUCCAAAUCCUGAAAGCGACACCGUUUCAGGGCUCUUAUCUGAAGCUGACCUCCAGAGACUCGCAGAGGCUGUAUGCUGUUGCCGAAGAAGUCGCCGCCGACCCGUCUUCUAAAGCCGCCAGGAGAGUCUACAUCGGCAACAUUCCCAGGACUGUGGAUAAUGCCGAGCUUACCAAAAUUGUUGAAGAACAUGGUGCUGUUGAGAAGGCUGAGGUGAUGUAUGAUAAGUACUCAGGAAGAAGUCGCCGGUUUGCAUUUGUUACAGCAGAGACUGUUGAAGAUGCAAAUACCAUAGUUGAGAAGCUGAAUGGAACUGAGAUUGGAGGACGCGAGAUCAAGGUAAACAUAACCGAGAAACCCCUUCUACAACCAGAUUUAUCACUUGUCCAGGCAGAAGAGUCCCAAUUUGUCGACAGCCCCCACAAAGUUUAUGUUGGAAAUCUUGGAAAGGGAGUAACUACAGAUACACUCCAAAAGCUUUUCUCUGAAAAAGCAAAAGUUCUUAGUGCAAAGGUCUCCCGGGUUCCAGGAACCUCAAAAUCUAGUGGAUUUGGGUUUGUCUCUUUCUCAUCAGAGGAGGAUGUAGAAGCUGCCAUCUCAUCUUUCAACAAUACUUUUUUUGAAGGCCAAAGAAUUCGCGUCAACAAGGCAUAGUGAACUGGCAGAAAUAUUUUGGGUUUGGAGAGUUUGUAUUGUAUCUAUUGUAGCAAAAAUUGGGACAGACCAUUUCUAUGUAGAACAAAAGUCAAAAGUAUUUUCUCUUCUUAUGGUUCUGGCA